GCUAAUACUCAUAUGAUCGGAGCUUGAAUAGCGUAGGGUUAAUGAGAAAAUUUUAAAUAAAAUUUCAUAUUAUUAAUCAGCAAUUAUUAAUAAUUAAAGAAAGCAGAAUUAAAGAGCCAGAAAAAUCCAAUUUCUUGGACAUCUGUCAGCAGUGAGUUGAAUCUGCAAGAAGCAAUACUGUCUUCUGAUGAUCGCCAUUGUUUAGCAAUGCAGAGGUUGGCCUUCUCGAAUCCGGAGCUGUGAUCUCUCUCUCUCGCGCCACCUUCUGGGCUCCUUGAGAAUCCAAAAAACACAGAAAGAAAUCGUCACCGAUGAAGAAGAGAAGGAUAAACAAGGAAGAGGUUGCGGAGGAUUUCUGCUUUCACUGCAAAGAUGGAGGAUCCAUCAGAAUCUGCGACUACAAGGAUUGUUUGAAGGCUUAUCAUCCUUCAUGCGUGGGAAGGGAGGAGUCUUUUCUAGAGGGCAAGGGGCAUUGGAAGUGUGAGUGGCAUUCUUGCUUCAUUUGCGGGAAAGCCUCAAAAUUUUAUUGUUAUUGCUGUCCGAGAAGUAUAUGUGGACGCUGCAUCGGUGAUGCUGAGUUUGCACAUGUUAGGAGAGAUAAAGGAUUCUGUGUGAACUGUUUAAAGCUUGCACUGCUUGUAGAAGAAGAGAAGGAUGUUGACUCUGAUGGGGGAAAAAUAGAUUUCAAAGAUCGAGAUACGGUGGAGUUCCUCUUCAUGGAAUAUUGGGAUAUUAUCAAGGAAAAAGAGGGCUUAACUGUAACUAAUCUUCGUUCUGCAGAUGCGCUAUUGAAGAAGAAUCAGAGCUUCAUAUCUUGUGCUGAUUUAGAUGAGAAUGAUGGUGAUGAAGAAGAAAAUAUGCUGAUGGUAUCUGAUUAUGAUGAUAAGGAUGAUAUUGCGGAACACAAGCCUGCCCACAAAAGGAAAAUAUGCAAGGGGCGGGUACAGGUAAUGAAUAAGAAGGUAAAGAAUGAGUUCAUUGGAUGGGGAUCAAGACCUCUUAUAGAAUUUCUAGAAUCCAUUGGCAAAGAUGCAAGCUCCAAAUUAUCACAAUAUGAUGUGACUUCUAUCAUUAAUUCGUAUAUUCAUGAAAACAAGCUUUUCCACCCAGAAAAGAAAAAGGUUAUUUGUGAUGCGAGACUACAUUCAGUUUUAGGUAGGAAGGUGGUGAAGAAGAAUAGAAUAUAUGACCUUCUGGAAGCCCAUUUUGCUGAGAAUCUUGAGGAAUCAGAGGAGGAAGAGGUGGUAUAUGGCUCACUGGACAAGGAGAAUUUCUUGGUGGCUCAUGGAAGGCAUAGAAACUCAAACGCAGACAAAAAAUCAUGGAACAAUAAAGUUGUUUUAGAAACCUCAAAAAGCUGUUUUGCAUCUUUAGUUGCCCAAAAUAUUAAGCUUGUCUAUUUGAAGAGAAGUUUGGUCGAGGAGCUGUUGAAGCAGCCUGAUACUUUUGAAGGCAAAGUCAUGGGAACCUUUGUCAGAGUCAAGUCAGACCCUAAUGACUACAUGCAAAGGAAUUCUCAUCAGUUAGUGCAAGUUACAGGUGUAAAGAAAAAUCCCAAAGUUGAUGACCUCAAUGCAGAAAUUCUCCUUCAAGUUACCAAUGUCCCAAAUGAUGUUCACAUUUGUAUGCUAUCUGACAGUGACUUCUCUGAGGAAGAAGGCAAGCAUUUACAUCAAAAAGUAAAAGAUGGAUUACUUAGAAGGCCUACUGUUGUAGAGCUUCAACAAAAAGCCCAAAGCUUGCAUGAGGAUAUCACAAAACAUUGGAUUGUGAGAGAGCUGGCUCUCUUACAGAACCUCAUUGAUCGAGCAAAUGAGAAGGGAUGGAGAAGAGAGCUAUUUGAAUACAUGGAAAGAAGACAACUGCUUCAGACAUCAUCAGAACAGUUAAGAUUAUUACGAGAUGUUCCAAAAGUGAUUGCAGAAGUAACAGAGCUUGAACUUGCUUCUGAGGACUACCCAAAAAAUGAUGAACAAGGAUGUGAUGACCUGACAAAAUCAGCUCUUGCGAGGAUUCCAAAAAACUCCAUCAAUAAUUCAGACGACAAAGAAAGUUCUACCUUCGUGAUUGGUUCAAAAGAUAACACAGUUUCAGUUGCAGAAGAAAAGCAACAAUCGUAUGCUGUGUUAAUUCCAGAAGAAAAGAGUCAUCAUUAUGCCAUGUCAAUUCUAGAGGAGAAUCGGCACCAAUCUGAAUCUUUUCCUGAAGAACAGAUUCAGCAUGAAAAGGAUUCUGUUCCUGAGGAACAGAUGCAGGAGCAAUCGACUAAUCCAGAACAAUUCAUGGUGAAGGACGAAAAGGCAUUGAUCGUUCCAUUAAUUGAAUUGAGUGAUGAUGAAAAAGAAGGUCCAAAGGCUGGAAUUCAAGAACAGAUAAUUGAGGACCUGCAUAGCUCUAUCUGGUACUGCAUAGGUCCCUAUGGUAAAACAAAGGGCCCCUAUUCAUUGUCCUUGCUUAAGCGUUGGGUUGACUGCAGUUCUUAUGCCUCCAAAUUUAAGGUUUGGAAGAUGGGUGAAAGCCAAGAAAAAGCGAUCUCAUUGACCAAAAUUAUGAGCCAGAUCUUCGCAGAAAGAAGCUAGAAGCAAAAUAUUUUUGUUGAAUUGCAAAUGCAAGUAAAUAAGCGUGCUUUUUAAGGUUUGUCAGGCAGGUUGGAACAAAGAAUAAGUGAAAUACAUAAUGGUUGUGGGGAGGGACUUUUGGUGCCCCAGUGUCCAGUGUCCCGUGUUUGUCAUUAUCUUAGCCUCAACUUGAGCAUUCCUCACAGGAAAAAACAGUGUUUUUUCAGACAGCAUCUAUUGGCAUGGUCAAAAUAUACCUCAUGGUUAUUUAUCAACAUGCACAGCUCUGGUAUUACAUAAUUUAUGUUUGCAAUUGCUUCUUGCCUGUUGCUUCUUGCCUAUUGCUUUUCUCAUCUUGUGUUCUAUUUUCUAAGUUUAUAUGUAAAAGUUGGUGGACACUUUUUUUAAUUGUUUUUCUAGAUUUUUUCACAUUUAGGAGCAUGAAAUUUGAAUAUUGUUGCAGACUAUGACAACAUAUUACAAAAUUGGAUGGAAUUUUUCAUUGUCGCUCCAA